CAGCCCUGAAAGAGUUUCACAGCCAAGAUUUCCAUGGGCUCCACCAGCAGCUCGUGGAAACGCUGAGCGGAAUCUCAGGCAAGAGCCAAGCUCCAUUGAUAUCGUCGCAGGCAGGCCUCCUCGCCGGACCAUCACGAACCAGCGCACACAAACCACGCCGUCGCCGUCGACACAAGGCAUCGACACAUCAUCACAGGUCCCUUCGCAUCUGACCCGACACCACAGACACCCCUCCAGCCCGACUGGCGAGUCCCCGUUCCCCCCCGCACACGAUGCUCGUUUCCAGGACGGCAACCAUGCUCCGCGCCGCGCCCCCGCGCAUGGCCACCGCCGGUGCCGGCCUCCGCCUGGCCUCGACGCUCGCCGCCGCAUCACCACGUCCCCUGCUCUUCGCGCGCGCCGUCCGAUCGCCCCUCGCUACCGCCAGCCUGGGCGCCUGCUCCCCCGCACCCUCCCCGCACAUCACGGCGACCGCCGCGCUCCUGUCCCGCGCGCGCGCCGCCUCGACGACGACCAGCAGCAGCAACACCUCCACCGCGGCGGCCCCCGAGGACGACAAGGCGAUGGACUGGAACACCUUCUUCACGCUCCGCAAGCAGCGCCGCCGCCUCCAGCUCGUCUUUAGCACGGUCGCGUGCCUGGGCGGCGGCACGGCGGGCGCCAUGUUCCUGAGCACGGGCACGCUCGACGGGCUCGUGUCGCAGCUGCCGCUGGACCCCUUCAUCACGCUCGGCCUCAUGACAUUCAGCUUCGCCGCGCUCGGCUGGCUGAUCGGCCCCAUCAUCGGCACCACCGUCUUCUACAUGUUCAAACGCAGUAUCAAGAAGGUGAUGACCAAGAAGGAGGUUCAGUUCUUCGCCCGCGUCAAGAAGAAUCGUGUUGACCCAUCUAGCGCAUCGGCCAGCAACCCGGUUCCCGACUUCUACGGCGAGAAGAUCUCGAGCGUCGCCGGCUACCGCCAGUGGCUCAAGGACCAGAGGGCCUUCAGGAAGAAGCGGACCACAUUCAUCUCGUAGUAAUUCGAUGUGUGUUCUUCUUCUCCAAGGCAAAACAAUGACCGCCGCUGUCACUACUGCCCAGUGGCAACACUGGAACACAGCCCACCAUCGCAUGUGACUUCGGUCUCAGUAUCACUUAUCAAAAAGGACGGGGUUGCUGCACUUCACGAUCUAGUGCUAUGGAUGCCCUGGCUGCGAGCGCGCCUUUAGGUAGCUUGGGCUAAGUGCCCCGAGUAUCUUGGGGCAGCCAGUACCGGUCGAAUGGGCUACGGAGUUUUACAACCAAUUCUCAUGGUCUUUUGCUUUUCUUUUAUCAUUAGGUCAACGUGGGACACUCGAAUCAUUUCACAAGGGACUCGCAUUAGAGCCCAAAAGGCACUGCAAAUAGCCUAAAUACCAUCUCCCAGCGUGUACAGUACCGCGGGAAAUCUCGGGAAUCAAAAAAAAAGAAAUCUUCACCUA